AUGACAGCCGAUGCACACCCCGAAUUGCGAAGCCUGCGAGACGAACUACGAGGGAUAUACUACACUAUGGCCGAUUUCGGCUCAGCUACGCUUGCUGCGAAGCCACCCAUACUCGACUCUUCCAUAGACUUAGAUGGGCAGUCGAAUGAUGAGUUUCACUCCCAUCAAGACGCAGUCCAUGGUCUCAGAGGCCUGAGAGACUCUGUCAAACGCGAUCUGGACGUUCUCGAGAAGUUUCUCGACGAUCCAGCAUGCGCUUCCAUGCCUGCUCUGUCUACCAAUGCGCCAUAUCUGAUAUCUGUCUGGAACGAAGUGCUCUACGCGCCGCCACCUAUUGUGACGAUCGGCCGGUCGUUUCCAGACGCUCCUCAACCAAUUAGCGUUGCCCGCCGCGGAUCACGUAAGUCGCCGGGUGUAAAGGUGGAUGUUGUCGCGGACGGCGGCAAACGAUGGAUUCGAGUGAAUACGACGAAAAACUCGCGUCUCCUAGCAGAAUUCCGCGAACUCGAUUCCUACGUCACUGGCUCGGAAGACGAAUCCUCAGAUGAUGAAUCCCGGCCGUCACUGGCACCAAAGGCGUUCGAUAAUUCGAUGCUCAGUGCGGGUCGCUCCCUUCUCGAUGCAGCUAAACGCCACCCUCUCCCCGGCGCAGGAGGAGUGCCCUCAGUUACCCUGAGGCUAACACGUCUGGACCCCUCCCCUUCGAAUCCCCGGGAUUACGAUCCUCGCAUAGCACAGACGAUACAACAUCUACGCGACAUGGGCAUCGAGGUCGAACUUGGCGAGCGCAAGCAAGUACAUGCGCCUCAAACGACGCCCCCGCCGUCGCGCCGACUGGAGCCUACUAUACGUGUCAAUCUCGAUCUCUCCCUUCUCAUCGCACUCGUUUCCGACAUCACGCACUCACCGCUACCGAUGUCUGUAGCGGAUGCAGAAGCUCGAUAUGUCCCUUCGUUGCAAUAUUGCGAGUGGAAGCGUAAACGCCCCGAUGGGUGCAAGCGCAGCGAUGAGGAUGCGGAAGGAAGCACACCCUGGGACUCGAGUGGACCCAGCGAGCACUCCCGUGCGCUCGCGAACCAGGCGUUGCAAGAGAUGGCGCGUGGGCUGUUAGACGAGCUCCGGGACCGUCUCGUCGCGGUGUCUUCGCCGACGCUCGAAGGUGUCGAGUUCUGGACCACGCCGGAGGCGCGUGACCGCUGUCUCCGCAUCGUGCUCUCCAAGAUCGGAGGUCGCAAUGAAAAGCGGCGGGUGGCCGCUUUGUUCCCUUCCGCAAACACAAACAUAUCUCAAGCGGAGGACGCAUACUGGGAAAACUCCCGCUAUCCCAAAGCAUUCCUCCCUGUAGUUCCCAUCCGCGUCUUCGACUCCUUGGUUCCACCGCCGGACCUCAACCCGCCUCUACUGUCGGAAAACGGCCGCGCUCUCUCUCCGUUCUUCGCCCUUCUCUCACGGACCUGUCGCAAUAUUCUCGCCCAAGAGUCUUCUUCCCAUGCACCUACGCCUCCACUUCCCAGCGAACGCCAGCCGGAUCACUUAACAACAGCACAAACCGACCGCAGCGACCGUCCAGGAGCCGCUGACGGCGAUGAGAUCGAGCGGGCGACGGUGAUGAAGACGAACCCGCGCCUCACCGCGCACACGGUGCAGAGCAUGCUCUGGGGCGCGGCGCGCGGAUGGACGACCGUCACCGCAAACAAGUCGAGCGUGAAGGCGAUCCUGCGGGACAUCAAGGCGAGCGAGGGCGGCUAUGGGUGGUUUGAGGAGAGCCGGGCUCGCGCGGAAGGCCAGGGGGAGACGGAUGUGGUGGCUGAGGCGGCGGCGAUGUGGGUUGUGGAUCCGCGCAGUUUGGCGGAGGGGAUGCGGGCGGAUUACCAGGAAGAAGCCUAA